AUGAACACCAACAAAGUUAACUCGGUAUAUGUUGUAGGUUUAGGUCACCAGUAUGCACAGUAUUCUAUCACGCAAGAUCAAUUCGCGGAUCUCAUUAUGCGCCUGUACCCUGAAGUCAGCGCAACACCAACGGUUCAAAAGCUGUUACAAGUCAACAAGAGCACGAAAAUUCUCUCCCGUCCCACGAUUUUCGAUCAAUCUACAUGGACCAAAGAAGACGCGGCGGCACCGACUAUUGACGAACUCUCGCAUAUCUUUCGUACAAUAGGGGUCGACCUUACAGUAGCAGCAUGCAAUAAGGCAAUUGAAGAAGCGCGAAUCAGUCCCAUUGACAUCACGCAUGUUGUUGCUGUCACUUGCACCGACCAAGGUAGCCCCGGAUAUGAUCUCUUCGUCAGCCACAAAUUGCAACUUCAUCCUGGUGUACAAAGAAGUCUGUUGCAUGGUGUCGGCUGCGCUGGAGGCUUGUCAGCGCUGCGAGAGGCUGCUGAUCUUGCAACCGCUGCAUCCUCAAGACGUCGACCGGCGCGUAUCCUCGUGUUCGCGACGGAACUUUGUAGUCUAUUCUUGAGAGCGGAGCUACAAGCCGCUUUCCAUAAAAGCGGUGUGCUGAACAUUGCUCCUCUGUUAUUUUCUGACGGCUCAGCGGCCUUAGUCGUCUGCAAUGGCAUUGCUUUGGCUGAAAAGCAAAGGCCAAUCUAUGAAUUGCAGGAAUGGAACAGUGCAAUCUUGACUGGGACACAGAGCCACAUGUCCUAUAAUGUUAGCCCGAAAGGCAUGCUAGUCACAAUUACCAAAGACGUACCGAAGGCCACGGUCGCCGCCGUCGGCCCUAUGUUCAGCCAAGUCUGCAGCGCGAAGAAGGAUGUCUCGCUCGAUCCGAAAGCCUAUGACUGGGCGGUCCAUCCCGGUGGCGCAUCGAUUCUACAAGGGGCUCAAAAAGCGAUGGACCUCAGCGAUGACCAGAUACGAGCUUCGCUUGAUGUAUACCAUAAGUUCGGGAACUCGUCCAGUCCAACCGUACUGAUUGUGUUGGACAAACUGAGGCAUAUGGGUAGGGGUAAGGACAACGUGAUAGCGACCAGUUUUGGUCCUGGUCUGAUAAUUGAGAUGUGUCGCAUGACUCGUUGUCGAGAUACGGAGAUGGAACAGGCGAAGGGACCCGGACUACUGUGGCGUGAGUACAAGCAAAAAGCUGUAGGGAAAGCAACAGGGUGA